CACGCCCCGCCGUAGCUUGCAGACUCCGGCGCGCCACGAUAAAAGAGCUUAACCCUCGCCUCAUCGAUUACUGAUUAAUACUGAUCCCGGUGUAGCUUCGGCUCAUCCCCCAAGACUACGCCGCCUGGCCUGACCUCCUUCCGCGCCGCUCCUGUUUUUUCCUUCUUCCUCUCCUUCCCAACAAGCGAGUUUCUGAGUGGCAAGAAACCGCUCGGUAAUAAGUAAUUGAUUACAUGAAGCUGUGUGGCUGACGACGGCUUUCUUUUUUAUGUUUUAGGGCGAAAGCAAGUCUGUUGAAGGGUGGCGGGCGGCGGAUCGUGGGCUUUAAAGGCAGGCAAACAGGAGUGGUGUUGCCGGCGGUCCUUUGUGUCAGGCCGUCGUGUGCCGUCACUCCUUGCCGUCGCUGCUGCUGCUGCUGCCGCCGAGUGCAAAGUUUCCUAAUCGCCGUAAAAAUCUGGCUUGACGUGUUGUUUGCGAGCGGCGUUUCGGAGCAGCGUGAUCGGGGCGCUCGGCUGUGGAAAAUGUUCGGCCACACCGCCAACCGCCGCGCCGAGCACCUGUGGAGGUUCCCAUAGUUGAGGCCGACACCAGCGCCCCGCGACCCUUUCCCAGUCCACAGUGAACUUGUUUCCCUGAGUUUCGUAUUUUUGGGUUUGUUCUCCUGCACAGGAGCUGCUGGUCACGGGGACUUACUCCUGAAGGCCCGUGGUGCUCGAUCUCGUGAGACACGUCCUCCUCAUUCUGAGCGUCGCCAUUUUGUGCCGUGGAGGCGGGAAUAGCCAGAGCGACCGUAAGAGUCCCUCACUCUGGAAGGCGAGUGAUGCCGGCACAGAAUCUCUUUACAACUCGGCACUGGAAGCCGAGGAAGGAAUGACAAAAUGGCAAGUAUAUAAGGGAGCAAAGUUUCACAUCCGAGCUUAUUCACACUCGGGCCUCAUGGUGGACGCGUCGGCUGGCAGGAGGCAGCGCGCCGACCCACCCCGCCCCGCCCCGCCCCACCGUGCUCCGCCCCUCCCAUUCUUGACGCCGCGAACAUUGACGCUAAAAAUUAUGUGCGUGAACUGAGUAGAAAAAAAAGACCCAAAAGACCCGAGACACCCAGAGACAAGACAGUAGCGGCAGCGAUCAGGUGUCCAGGUGACCAGUGGUGGAGAGUUGUAGCCAAGACUUGGUCACGCGCGCGUCUUGGCAGCGGUCAGUGGCUCCCGCACGUUCAAUCUCGGGCCGCCACCCGCCGACACUUGUGUAUUUGCCUUCACCGCCGAUAACAACAACAGCACCUGUGAGCUGCCGUGACGUCCCUGGACCCCGCCUCGGUGCCCCGACCUGCCUCGGCUUCCCACAGCCGUUCGCCCGUGCUCCUGGCCCACCUGGCGCCGGAGCCACCGUGCACAGCAUCACCUGAGGCGGCCACGGCCCCGUCAGGUGACGCACACUCGACCCUGGCGCCAGAUCUGUCUACGGUGCUGCCCCUGUCCCUUCCCUGGACAGUGCCGGGCCCCGCCGCCGUGCAACUUCCAGCCGUGUUUCUUGGGGAGGUGCGCGGCCCGCCGCGGCCGCCAACGCCGCCACCUCCGCCGCCGCCGCUGCCGUUGAGCGUGUCGCCGCCUCCGUCGCCGCUGCACUUACACCACCGCCAGGCCCUUGUCUCCACAUCGGUGACGCUGUCCUCGCCUUCCUCCAUCAGUCCGCCGCUCAGCGCUGCCACACCUUCAAGCACCGUCACCCGCCUCUGCCCUGCCCCCGCCCUGAACACAACGGCGCCCCUCGGCGGGCCCACCUUCAGCCCGCGGGCCGCCGCCGCAUCGAGAAUGGGCACUGGCAGGUCGGGUGACAGACUACUGGACAUUCCCUGCAAGGUGUGCGGCGACCGAUCCUCCGGCAAGCAUUACGGCAUCUACUCCUGCGACGGGUGCUCGGGGUUCUUCAAGAGGAGUAUCCACCGGAACCGCGUCUACACCUGCAAGGCCACGGGGGACCUCAAGGGCAAGUGUCCCAUUGACAAGACCCACCGCAACCAGUGCCGCGCCUGCCGCCUCAGCAAGUGCUUCGACGCCGCUAUGAACAAGGAUGCAGUGCAACAUGAGCGCGGGCCCCGGAAGAGCAAGGCCAAGGACGGGGGUAUGGGCGGCCUCGGCAUGAUCCACCCUGACCACUUCCCGGUGCAGGACUCCUCCAAGGGCCCUCCGCUGCUCUUCCAUCCGCCCCCGCUGCCCUCCCUCAAGCCCCACGGUGCCCCCCACAUGUUUCAUGACGGCAUCCUGGCCCCAACGCCCAUCCUCAUGCCCCACGUGCCCACCUCCCAGCCGCACAGCCUCCUCCACAUGCUCUCCGCGGAGAAACUACAGAACGGCAAGCUGUCCAUCAGUAGCGGCGCCGUCAGCAGCAUGGCGGAGGUGCCCGUGUCCUUCCCGCAGGCACCCUCGCUGCUCCCCUUCGCCCCCUCGUGGGACAUUUUCCAGGAAACGACGGCCCGGCUGCUCUUCAUGAUGGUGCGGUGGAUCAGGUCGCUGGCGCCCUUCCAGACCCUCUCCCGCACAGACCAGUGCGUGCUGGUGGAGGAGUCGUGGAAGGAGCUGUUCCUGGUCCACCUUGCCCAGUGGUAUUUGCCCCUGGACCUCAGCGGCGUCCUGCAGAGCCCCGCCGCCCACUCCAGGCUGGGGAACGACGAAAGGACGGCCCUGGAGGUGGCCACCAUACAGGACGUGUUGCGCCGCUUCCGUCACCUGAGCCCCGACAACACGGAGUGCGGCUGUCUGAAGGCUGUGGUGCUCUUCAAGCCUGACGCGAGCGGGCUGGUGGAUGUUCACCCGGUGGAGAUGCUGCAGGACCAGGCGCAGUGCAUCCUCAGCGACUACAUCCGCUCCCGCCUUCCCCGCCAGCCGACGCGCUUCGGCCGGCUGCUGCUGCUGCUGCCGGGGCUCAAAACGGUGCGGGCGACCACUGUGGAGGGACUUUUCUUCAAGGACACGGUCGGGGACACGCCCAUCCACCGGCUUGUCCUUGACAUGUACACGAUGGACACCAAGAACGACAGCAUGUAGGUAACCGCUCCGCCAUCCUGAGGGAGUGGAGCUGCAGGAGUGGUGUUCAGGGCCUGUGUCUAGCCUGCAAGGAGGACUCGCCACUACAGGACAACUGCAAGCUGGACAGUAAAAACAACCAGAGCAGAGUCUAGGCAACAUUCUGCUAACCUGAGGGAGUGUGGCAGCUUCGGUGGAUGUCUUGGCUGGAGGUCACACAGAAAAUUCACCAGUAUACAAAAUAAAGGCGUCUUACCAUACCCGUGAUGCACCGUGGAAGAGCACAGGAAUCUUAAACUAUGUAAUAUUAGUCUACUUCAGAGAUUUUCGCGCUCAAGACGUUUUGAACCAACGUUUGAAGAAUAAAACUGCUCAGCUUUAUUAUGGAUUCCUCAAAGUUAAAAAGCACAGCGACUAUAAGCAUAUGAAGGCACUAUCUGGUGGACCUCCGACGCCCCUUACGCUAGCGAGGCCUGCACAGAUGCGAGGCCCUGAACGAUGACGCCCACGCCCCCAUCUCCCUGCAGGUUAUAGUAGACCAUUUGAUGCGCCAAGGGUAUGAGUGUGGUUGUUGUGGUGACCAAGAAGGGAAUGCGGAAGACUCACUGCCCAGCCACACAACACAACACCUGUUUGUGUGUGUGUGUGUGUGUGUGUGUGUGAGAGAGAGAGAGAGAGAGAGAGAGAGAGAGAGAGUUUUGCUUCCCUUCUGGACGCAUCACAUCCAGCAUCCACAAGAUAUCGAGCGCUGAAAAGUAAAACGUAAGCAAAUUAUAACAAACCUUAGGAAGAGCCCGUCGUAUCCAAAAGUGAUGAGAACGAGUAUUUGCUAUUAAUCUUUACUCGGACUGUCGGAUAUUCAACUCAAGAGAAACAGAGACCUACGCGGUUCUCUAAAUACUCAUCCACACGUAAAAGGCUGGACACGAGCAAACACUUGACAUGAGAGAUUUUAAGUGACGGUCUUGACCUGAAGGCGUCUGCAUCGCCGCCUCGUUGUCGAAAGCGGAGUGCUGGACUUUCGAGCAAGACUUUUAUACCCUGGAAAGAUGUUAGUAUGCUCCUUUCCUUCUGUACAUAUUUAAUAUUGGCCUGUUUUAUGAAAGCAUUACAAAAAAUCUUAUAUUGCUGUCCUGAUUGCUGUUCAUUAUCAGUCGCUACGCCGAACAUGUCCCUCCCUUCCUGAACGAGAUAAGUACUCGCGGCGGGCACACGGGAAGGUCAGGUCUGGGCAGGUGUGUGUCGCUGCGGGUUGUUGAUGGCGCAGCUGGAAACACACCUGACCUUGCCUGGUGUGCCUGGUGUGUUGGGGGUGAGGGAGGCAAAGGCUGCAUUCCCCUAAGGCAAACUUUUUAUAUAUAUUUUUUAGCGAAUUUGUUUUAAUGUUUACGUUUCAUGUUGAUAUAUGCUCGCACUUAUUUCUUUCUUUUACUUUCUAAAUCGAUCGAUCUAUCCGUCUUUCUCCGCAGCAGCCACCUCCCUCCCCCCUCCCCAGGCGAUUCCCCCACCCCCCGCCCGUGACUCCCCCCUCUAGUCAUUGAACUCUAGCUAGUACGUCCGACCCCUUAUUGUGACUCCCCCUUUCCACCCCUGCCCCCAACAUCCCAGCCCCCAGCCCCCUUACACCUGUCCUUAGCACCCCAGUCCUACACCUCAGACUAAAUGCCACAAUCAACGCCCCUAGUCCUCAGCUUCUAAACACCAGUCCAUACACCCCAAUACAAACAGCUCCAAACCCCUGUCUCCAACACCGUCGACCUUAACCCCCAGACUCGAAGCUCGCCACCUUUUUUCUACUCCCACACCCAGACUAAGGCCACUACGCCCGUGCUUCCUUGUUUGUUUCCAUCCUCCAUUUCUUAUUCUUUAACCCUCAUCUUUCAUCCCAAGGCUCCUUUACCCUAUUCUUCAUUCCCCAUUCCCUUUCCUUAAUCCCCAGCUCAUAAACUUCAAUCCGCACUUCAUAACUAUCUCGUCCCCAGCUUACUUACCCCUACAAUCUAUGCUCUAGUCCCAACACUGCACCCCCUCACCUCAGCCCCAGCAUCCCCGUUCUAAACCAGCUCAGCAUCCCUCAGCCACCAUAUUUUAUCUAAGUUUUGAAUACCCUGCCCCUAUAUUCCCUCUACUCACACCUUACACUCAUGCUUCCUCCCACACUUAAGCCCCAGUAUCCCCGUUCUAAACCACCUCAGCCUCCCUCAGCCACCAUAUUUUAUCUAAGUUUUGAAUACCCUGCCCCUAUAUUCCCCCUGCCCACUGCCCACACCUUACCUUCCUGCUCCCUCCCACACUUCAGCCCCAGCAUCCCCAGCCUCCUUUCAUCCCAGUCCUUUAACCCAAGCCCCCUACGCCCCCAGCCUCUCCCCCCCCCACACCCUCAGCGGUUUAUGUGAAUUUUUGUGCCAAAGUUCAUGUACAUAGUAGAGUUUAAGAUAGUACAAAACGACGAAAUAGUGUCACAUUUCUUGCUUCCAUCUUUGUUUUUUUCUUUCUUUCGUUUGCCUUCUCUUUCUUUACUUCUUCCUUUCCUUCCUGUCCUUUCAUCAGCCUUCUCCCGUCUGUCCAUCUUUAUCUGAUCUCAAGAGACCAUAA